AGCCAGCGAGCAAGCAAGUGGGCAGGAGGAGGUGCUGCUAUUGGCAAGCGACGGGGCGAGCUGGGAGCGUUGCUGCGCGCAGGGGGGGAAGCCGCCACUCUUGCUGCAGAACUCCCCCUCCUCUCCCUCUCUUGCUCCCUCCAUCUCCUCCCGUCCCCGCAUCCGUGCAUGGUGGCGCCGCCAUGGCUUGGCCCUGCAUCAGCCGAGUCUGCUGCCUGGCGCGCUUCUGGAACCAGCUGGACAAGUCGGACCUGGCCGUGCCGCUCACCAUCCACAAUUACUCCGACAUCGACGAGCCGGCCGACGAGGGGACGGACACGGCCGGCGCCCCGCCGCCGCCUCCGCCUCGGAUCCCAACAGGUGGCAGCACCAGCAGCCGCCCCCACCAGACCCACCCGCGGGCGCCCGCCGCCGCCUCGCUGCCCGUCUCGGCGUCCGCCCCGUCGCUGCAGGACGGCCUGGGGGGCGCCAGGAAGCCGUCGAAGAAGACGCGCGGCGGCUACCGGAAAGAGCCCUUCGCCGCCGAGACUCAGUACCAGCAGGAUUUCCAAGCGUGGCCGGUGCAGAAGCGGGACGCCCUGCCCUGGAUCGGGGAGUACAGGCGGGUGGAAGCCCCCGGGGCGCCCCCCGCCGCCGCUGCUGCCGCCGCCGCCCCGGCCGCCCCUUCCCACGCCGCGAUCCCGGGGGGCUCCCACGUGUACGUGCUGCCGGCGGCCGGGCAGGAGGUGGUGGGCAGCAAGUACAGCGGCUUUAAGCAGGUGUGGUCCUCCUCCUCGCCGCCAGGCGGCCCCGAAACCUCCUCCUACAGGCAUGAAUAUCGUCCAUGGACUGGAGCAAAACGAUCAAGGCCUACAAAGACGACACAGGGUUUCAUUAUUCCAGAGGAUCACUUUGCGCAAGAAUCCAGCUACAAAGCAGACUUUAAGGGAGGCAUCUGAGGAAGAAUAAAGUCUGCAAUUCUAAACAUGAUUCCAGAAAUGAAGACUAAGUUUUCUCCGAAUCCUUCUGCUGUUUUCCAGGCGCCAUCUCGCAUCCUCAAUGUAUGAAUCUGGAUCAUGCACAUUUCCCAUCCAGGCAGCUUGAAUGUUAAGGUUGUGAAAAUGUACAGCUAUGCAACUUUCACGAGUGGUGUUGAGAUAAGAACAAGGAUUAUUAAAAGCAGCUACAGCGAAUAUCAGAAUUUAUGCAUCUAUUAUGAACAUGUAAAUCAAAAAGCACUUGAGUUGGAGAUGGUGGAAAAUACUAGGGGAGAAUGACCUACUUUCAUAGAAAUAGGCUCAUUAACAGUGGGCUGACUGGCUUCAGUAUUCCAGAUAUUGACGUUGGUCAGCAAAAAGCAGCAUUUUAAGCUAUAAGCUUAUGCUGAAGAACACAAUGGCGCAGGGCUGAGUAAGGUGUAUAGUAAAACACUCCCCUCUCAAUGUUGUAUAGCCACACUGAUAAGAAGAUGAAAGUGAGACUCGGUAGCUUUUGAACGUUGCUGUUUCUUUUUAGAUCUGGGGAUCAUCCUCAAAGCAUAUAUCAUAUUGUUGCAAAGACUUUUGAUGUCUCCUUGCUGAGGGUCUUUCAAGGUGAACAGGGUGGCCCUUGAGCCGUUUGCCCUAGAUUGUGCUCCACACAAAUGCUGACUGGAUUUUAGAGGGUUCUGAACAAACAGAAGCAAUAUUUUAUCUUUCAGAGGUCCUUACUCCAGUUAAAUACUUCACCAGAUUCCUUCCAUUCUGUGGAGCUCUUUUGAUAGGAGCUGUGGUUGGUUUCAAGAUUGUUUCUUUUUUGGAGAGAGGUUUUCCUAGGACUCACAGUCUCACAACUCGGCUUCAUUUCCUCCUGGAUAGGCCAAACCCUUUUAUUUCCUUAAGAGCCCAGUGCUUGGUCAUUCUGAGGCAAGGCACAAGCUUCUCUUAAGUUGGUGUGCAUACAGACUCAUUGUUCACAUCCAUUUUAGAAUACCCCCCAAGGUCUAGAGACUUUAUUCUGGAACUGA